UGAGCACGCAUGCGCACUCCGCAGAGGGAGGCCGGGGGACCGUGGGGGGUUUCUCCGCUUGGAUCGUGUUUCCCUCUCGCGUCGGACUCCGCCCCCAGACUCUUCCUGCGCCGCCAGAUAGCUAAGAAAGGACAAUGGGAGUUCAAGGGCUUUGGAAACUGCUGGAGUGCACUGGAAGACCUAUAAACCCACAAAUACUGGAAGGAAAAAUUCUUGCUGUUGAUAUCAGUAUUUGGUUGAACCAGGCAAUAAAGGGAGUCAGAGAUCGUCAUGGUAAUACUAUACAAAAUGCUCAUCUCCUCACUCUUUUUAAUCGACUCUGCAAGUUGCUGUUCUUUCGAAUUCGGCCUGUCUUUGUUUUUGAUGGGGAAGCACCACUUCUGAAGAGACAGACCUUGGCAAAGCGAAGGCACAGAAAAGAAUUGGCCGUCAGUGAUUCCAGGAAAACUGCAGAGAAACUCUUGAAAACAUUUCUGAAGAGACAAGCUAUCAAAGCUGCUCUUUCAGGCAAAAGCAAUGAAGUUUAUCCCAGUAUUUCACAAGUUCGAAGAGAAGAAAUUGAUGAUAUUUAUGUAUUGCCCUCUUUAGAGGAUGAAGAGAAAAACAGCUCAGAGGAGGAAGAAGAAAAAGAAUGGGAAGUAAGAAUGACCCAGAAAAAACUACUACAGGAUCAAUUAUUUGAAAACCCGCAUGCUAUCGAUAUAGAUUCAGAAGAUUUUAACAAGCUGCCUCCAGAAGUAAAGCAUGAGAUCUUGUCUGAUAUGAAGGAACUUACUAAACGAAACAGAACAUUAUUUGAAGCAAUGCCAGAGGACUCCAGUGACUUUUCCCAGUACCAGCUUAGGGGUUUGCUUAAGAAGAGUCACCUCAGUCGCUGCAUAGAAAAUGUACAAAAAGAGUUGAAUCAGCAGCACUCGGGUCAAAUCCAAACACAAUAUGACAAUGAAGGUGGUUUUGUGAAAGAAAUGGAAUCUAGGAGGAUAAUCUCUGAAGACUCUUCUCACUAUAUCUUAAUAAAAGGUUUUCAAGCAAAAGAAGAUGCUAGUAAAGACUUGGAAGCUACUGCAGGACCCUCAUCAGGAAAGUCUGAAUUGAAUAAAAUAAAUGAAUCUCCAGCUAAUGCAGAGUUAAUUGCAUCUGACAAGUUGCAGACAGACAAAGAUAACAGUGUAGUCACAGCACCACCCUCUCCCCAAACAUUGCUUGCUAUCCAGGCAGCAAUGGUGGAAAGCAGCUCAGAAGAAGAACUGGGAAAUGAAGAUAAAGAACGACUAAACCUGACUCGGUCUGUAAUGGAAGAAGGCAGUGUGUCUCCAAGAACACUGCGGGCAAUUCAGCAAGCUCUGAAUGAUGAUGAUGAAAAGGAGGAAGUUGUUACUGUUAGAGCUGAUAGAGUGCAAACAGAAAGGUCAAAAGCGAAGGAUUUUCUUCUUAGUAGCUCAGAUGAGGAAGAUCAGAUUCCUGAAGUUAAAGAGGAUAAAGAAAUACUUAUAUCUACAAUUCAUUCAUCAAACCAAGCAAUUGUGCAGGAUAUUGAAUUUGGACAAAAGAUUCAGGAGUUGGGAAAAAAUUGUAUUACACCCAAGGGCACCAGUAUGUCCACAGAUAAAAAUUACUCUUGUGUUGAUGAUGCUGAAAAAGGGAAAGAAGUUGUAGACACAGAAUUAAAUGGUUCAAAAAUAGACUCAACUUAUUUGGAAGACAAGGAUGUGAACUUGUGCAUUCAGAAGCCAAGCUGUUCCUCUUCACAAGCUAGUAUAGGGCCUUUGGUUCACAGUGAAACAGCAGGAUUUUCUAAAACUGAGGAAAACUUGAAAAUUUGUGAAAUUACAGAGGAAGUUCAUUCACAAACAGAAGAGAGUAUAUCUGAGGUACAAAAGGAAACUGAAAUUCUUCCACCAACACAAGGUCCUAAGGAGGGAAGACAAGGGACAUUACAGUCUGAAGACAGUGAUUCUGAUGGAAGCUUCAUUGAAGUGGACAAUGUGAUCAGUAACGAGGAUGAAUUUUCUACUGAAUAUGAUGAGAGACUGGGUGAUAAAACAGCACUUUCAGAAAGGGAGGAAGAUGGACAUGAUAUAGUCACACAGAACUUGCUGAAUGAUUCUGAUGAAAUGCAACUGGCAAGCAGUCAGAAUGCUGAAAAAGAAGAUAAUAUUAGAGAUGCAGGAGAUGAGUGGCAAGACAUCAGUUUGGAAGAUCUAGAAGAAUUAGAAAAUGACCUUUCUGCUGAACAGGAAAUGCUUCAGUCUCAAAAACAACAGCAGGAGCGUGUUGCUUCUUCUGUAACGGGGCAAAUGUUCUUGGAAAGCCAGGAGCUUCUCCGCCUAUUCGGCAUUCCGUACAUUGAAGCUCCUAUGGAAGCAGAGGCACAGUGUGCUGUAUUGGACCUCACUGAUCAGACCUCUGGAACAAUCACUGAUGAUAGUGAUGUUUGGUUAUUUGGUGCACGGCAUGUUUAUAAAAAUUUCUUCAGUCAAAACAAAUAUGUGGAAUAUUACCAGUAUGUUGAUUUUCAAAACCAGCUGGGGUUAGAUCGAAACAAGUUAAUUAAUUUGGCAUACUUGCUUGGAAGUGACUACACUGAGGGAAUCCCGAAUGUUGGCUUUGUAACUGCGAUGGAGAUCUUAAAUGAAUUUCCUGGACAUGGAUUGGAACCUCUUCUAAAAUUCGCUGAGUGGUGGAACGAGGCUCAGAAGAACAAGAAAAUCAGACCUAAUCCACGUGAUACCAAAGUCAAGAAGAAAUUGCGGGAGCUGCAGCUUUCUUCAGGUUUCCCAAAUCCAGCAGUGGCAGAAGCAUACCUGAAGCCUGUGGUGGAUGAGACAAGGGGCUCAUUCACAUGGGGAAAGCCUGAUGUAGAGCAGAUUAGAGAAUUCUGUAAAGAUCACUUUGGCUGGACUAGGGCAAAGACAGAUGACAUCCUUUUGCCUGUGAUAAAACAGCUGAACUUGCAACAGACUCAGCUUCGAAUUGAUUCGUUCUUCAGAUUAGAACAACAUGAAAAACAAGCUAUUAAAAGUCAGAGACUACGCAGAGCUGUGAGUUGUCUAAAGAGAAAGGAAAAUGAUGAAGUUUCAGAGGCUACUGCUGCUUUGGAGGAAGAACUUAGUCAGCACAAGGAAAAGAAAGGGGAAAGUGCUUCAGGCUGCACAGAUCAUCAAGACAUAGUGACAGAAAUUCAAAGUGGAAAGAAAAGAAGGCAUUCAGAUUCCAGGAAAGUGCAUUUAUUUGGAGGUGGUUUUGUUGGGAGUUUGCAUCUUUCAGAAACUUCUAGUGACUCCUCAGCAGAAGAAUCAGAAAACGGAGAUUUAGACAAAAGAAGGAAAAUUGCCUCUAAAACAGAGACAGCAGACCACAAAAAGAGCUACAGUAGCUCAAGUGGUGAAGAUGAAGAACUGGGAAAAAUGAUUUUGGUGACUGCCAAACCUGUAUUUAAGGGCAGAAAACAAAAAUCACGAAGUAAGGGAGGAAGAAAGAAGAGGAGGUCUUAAAGGAAAGAAGUCAUAAAAAAGCAGACUAUGUAAAUGGGCUUUAUUACUUAAACUCUGUAAGUAUUCUAAUGAUUUUUUGGUAUAAAAACAAUAAAUUAUCCUUAUUAAUCAUG